CACUCCAUGUACAGCGGCUGACCCACUUGUCAAGCCAGACACCGCCAGUCUGUACUUUAGGAAACUCACACAAAGGAAAUCUAAGAACUACAAGACUAAACAUUGCAGUAACUGUUUCCUUGACCAAGGAGGGGGACACACGGGUAAAGCGCAGGAUGGGCUGCAUGCAAUCCACCGAAGCUCUGAACGACAUUGUGCCAGGGAAGAACAGACAGUCGACUGAACACACCGAUCAAACGCACUAUGUCAGAGACCCCACCUCCAACACAAAACCACAAAAGAGUGACUCCCUGCUACCGGGUCAGGUGUUCCAAAAGUUGGAAGAGCAAACCACGGUUGGGAAAAUAGUGGUCGGCCUUUACCCUUACAAAGCCGUGCACCCAGAUGACCUAGCGUUCAAGAAAGGCGAGAAGAUGAUAGUCUUAGAGGAAUGUGGUGAGUGGUGGAAAGCAAAGUCACUGAUAACCAGCAAAAAGGGAUUCAUCCCGUCCAAUUACAUCGCUAAAGCCGACACCAUGGAAGCGGAAGAGUGGUUUUUCAAGGACAUGGCAAGAAAGGAUGCGGAGAGGCAGUUGCUGGCUCCGGCAAACAAACCUGGCUCUUAUCUUAUCAGGGAGAGCGAAACACCAAAGGGGAGUUAUUCAUUGUCCAUCAGAGACGUCGACCUUCAGAGGGCAGACUCAGUCAAACACUAUAAGAUAAGAACAAUGGAUAAUGGCGGCUACUACAUCUCUCCGAAAAUCACAUUCCUUGACAUCGGCAGCUUGAUCAAACACUACCACAACAAACCGGAUGGCCUGUGUCGUAAACUAGAACGCCCAUGUGUAAAACCCAAAGCCCAGAAACCAUGGGAUAAAGACGCCUGGGAGAUUUCCAAAGAUUCAAUUAAGAUGUUGAAGAAACUGGGAGCAGGGCAGUUUGGGGAAGUCUGGAUGGCUUACUACAACAACUCAACCAAAGUGGCGGUGAAGACUCUGAAGACCGGCACGAUGACGGCUGAAGCCUUCAUGGACGAAGCCAACGUCAUGAAGACGCUGCAGCACGACAGGCUGGUGCGUCUCUACGCUGUCGUCACCAAGACACCACCCAUCUACAUCAUCACCGAAUAUAUGGAAAAUGGCAGCCUACUAGACUUCUUAAAGAGCAAUGAAGGGUGCCAACUGCAACUGCCCAAACUCAUCGACUUCUCAGCACAGAUAGCAGAGGGCAUGGCAUACAUAGAGAAGAAGAAUUACAUCCACAGGGACCUGAGAGCAGCGAAUGUCCUGGUCUCAGAAAGUCUGCUCUGUAAAAUCGCUGACUUUGGACUGGCCAGAAUCAUAGAGGAUGACGAGUACACUGCCCGAGAGGGAGCUAAAUUCCCCAUUAAAUGGACGGCACCAGAGGCCUUCAACUACGGCUCUUUCACCAUCAAGUCAGACAUGUGGUCCUUCGGAGUUUUGCUCUACGAGAUCGUCACCUACGGAAAGAUUCCUUACCCAGGUAUGACUAAAGGGGAGGUGAUGUCCUCAGUGCAGCGGGGCUACAGGAUGGCACAGCCUGACAACUGUACUGCUGAGCUCUACGAAGUCAUGAUGUGCUGCUGGAAGAAGCUGCCUGAAGACAGACCCACCUUCGAUUACCUGCAGAGCGUCCUGGGAGACUUCUACACUGCCACAGAGGGACAGUACCAACAACAACUAUAAAGAGAGAGAGAGAGAGAGAGAGAGAGAGAGAGAGAGAGAGAGAGAGAGAGAGAGAGAGAGAGAAAGAGAGAGAGAGAGAGAGACGGACACUUCCAUAAAGACUUUUACAAAUAACUUCUCUCUACUUCUACAACUUCAAAUAUGUGUUUUUAUUCAUAGAUGUUUUUUAUACAUAAAUAACACAUUCUACCCUUUUUUGUUCCAGUAUAUAUGUACACUGACCAUUUACCUUCUCUGUGUAGAAAUAAAAAUGUUCCAAUGCUGUUGACUAUCACCCCGAACAACACAUUGAGGAUAAUAUUGAACAAACUUGAUUUAAAAAACAGCAAUUCAUUAUGUAAAAUAUACCCUUGUGCUCAGGCAUGUAAAUAUUUUGGCCGAACAGGCUUUUAGCUCUCCAUUUAUUUUCUAAUAUGUGUUUGUGUACAGAGGAUCUGAACAAACUGCUGACUUCAUGCAAAGAGUUUGCAAACAUACAAGAGAUGGAAGCUGCUCAAACACUGGGACACUCCUCUCGUGUAGAUGUUAACAACAAAUAUUGUUAAUGCUGUUUGUAUUCUGCUGCUUGCUGUUUCACUUCAUAUUGAAGCGCUGUAGCCUUUGCUUAUUUUGUUUGUUUCAGGAGAUAAAUGUAAAAUCUCUUGUUUUAUCAUUUCAUCUCUAUCAUUUCAAACAUGGUCUUUAUAUUAUGUGAUCUUUUUUACGUAAGUGGGUUUGACACAGGCAUGCUCUAGAUGUUCUCUUGGUGACUAAAAGAAAAAGUUACUUCAGUUUAAAUGUAGCACAUGAUUGAGCUGUUGGUUUGUCACGUAAAGAUAAUUUGAGCUGUAUACUUGUAGCUAUGUGAAUGAGAAUGUGUAAAGACUAAAGAACUAUGCAAUAAUUGA